UCCGGAAUCUCCCUCAAUUUUAUGUACCUAUUGAAAUUGGAUUUGUCAGGAAAAUGCUAUAUUAGCCCGAAUAAGGCCCCAUGUGCCUUAUUAUCAGGGAUACCCUUCAUCAUGGUCGGGUUUUAUCAUAGAACUUUCUCUAUUGAGACCACCCUUCUAUCACCCCUCUGCCGCUCCUCAACCUCCACCCCUCUAUAUGUACCACUCCUCUAUACUACCCUACCACCCCUAUAUGGUACGGGGGAAGGAGGGGUCUUUAUUACAAGACUCUCUAUUAGAGCCCUUUUCUAUUACAGGACUGGGGACUCCUUUAUAGGAAAUACGGUAUGUUAUCAUUUCAAAAAUCAUAACGUCAUUCUACGCAAAAAUUUUUGCUUCUUUUUUUAA